AUGUGCGGUAUUUGGGCAGUGAUCGGCGAACAGCCGACAAGCACUCAUCAUCGACAGUUCAUGAGGAUCGUGGGAAGGGAUCUGACUGUGAUCCAAGAGGUCCAACCCGGAGUCUAUCUGGGCUUCCAUCGGCUCGCCAUCGUUAUGCCUGGUGAUGCCCCCAGCGAGCAACCAAUUGUUGGCGAAGGUCUGGCAGUAGUGUGUAAUGGUGAAAUUUAUAAUCACAAGGAUAUAAAGGCGGAUUCCAAUGCUCAACUGACGAAUGACGGAAGCGAUUGUGCCGCGAUCAUCCACGCCUUCAUCAAUUCA